UAUAUAUAGAGAGAGAAUUUAACCCCCUCCACAUUGUAUGGUCAAACUGAAGAAGACAUAGCCAACAAUCAUCUGAAUUGUGAUUGACUCACUGUAGUCCCAGGGGAAAAUUUAGAGCUGCUUCCUGCUUGCUGCAAAGAUGCUUGACAUAAAGGCUUGGGCUGAGUAUGUUGUGGAGUGGGCUGCAAAGGACCCAUAUGGCUUCCUUACCACAGUUAUCUUGGCGCUCACACCACUGUUCUUAGCUAGUGCUGUACUGUCCUGGAAGUUGGCCAAGAUGAUUGAAGCCAGAGAGAAGGAGCAAAAGAAGAAACAAAAACGGCAAGAAAACAUCGCAAAAGCUAAAUGACUAAAGAAGGAUUGAAGGGGUGAACAGAC